AUGCGGUUGGUCAGCAUAGUCUCUGUUAUCAAGACUCAUCUCGCCACUCUUGAAUCUCCUUCUCAACCGACUGAUGCUAUCCCGGCACAUAUGGUUCCCUCCGAUGCCGACUUUCUUGCUGCCCUGAAGGUCCUGCGAUAUCUACAGCUUCCUCAAAUCGCUUUGUCUUCUGAUCCGGCCACCCCUAUCGAAUCUGUUGUUGCACACAUCGAAAGCCACUGGCCAGUUAUCUCUGCUGGUGCCCGUGGUGCAGCAAACAAGAAAGAAGACCUUGCUACAUAUACCGAUACGUCAUCAAUGCUCCUCAUCACCUCUACCCAGCUUUUGCUGGAAUGUCUGAAAGAUGGUAAUAAGCCUCCAAAAUUGGACAUCCUGUUCAACAACGCCGCUCAGACGCUGACCGAUUCCACGGAGAAGGAACAGGCGAGCAUACAGAGAGAGAUCAGCCUCCAAAGCAGUGCGUUGGCGGGCCUAAUUCUAGGAGGCUCAUAUUCACCUCGAAUCAAGGUCAACGACGAGUUUAAGGCCAUUUCUAUCAUCUCCCAGGAUACGUUAUCAUCGUGGACUCAGCGCAUAUCGGACAUCCCCUACGAAGAUGUCAUCUCCGCUCACAGCGUCAAUACAUUCGUCCCUUUCAUCCUCGUCCGAGAGUUGCUGCCCUUCAUGUCCGCUCCAGCACUGACAUCUCCCUCCGAUUCACACUCGCAGCGUGAUGAUGCCGCGCCAUCGAAGCCUUUUGGAUAUAUCAUUAACGUUUCCUCGCGCGAAGGUCUAUUCGAAGACAGCCCGGACCACAGGGCGAAGGAUGGAUACCACGUCCAUACAAAUAUGUCAAAGGCAGCACUGAACAUGCUUACCGAGACUGAGGCAGGGCCCGCAUGGAAGAACGGCCGCGUCGCGAUGAACACUGUCGAUCCAGGCUACAUGAGUGCUGAUCCAGUCUUCAUGGAGAAGCAAGCUCCACCCAUACGAACGCCUCAUCGUGUAUGCGCCUCUUCCCCGUCAUUCUGGGCCUCUGCGAAGACACUUCUUCGUCUUCCGACUGGCGCGACGAGUCUCCGAACAUCCAACUUAUUCACGCAGGCCUUCACUGCCCGCUCUUCUGGGGCCUAUUUAACUCCUCAUGCUUCAGUGGCGAACAUGCAGCUUAGCAAUAUAGCCACUUUCCUGACCCUCGCCCUCGCAGCCCUCGCAACGACGCCGUCUAUUCGAGAACCUGAAAAAUGGCGCAAUCGUCAACCCAGGAACAACCUUCAACUUCUCCUACCAAUACAUUGUAGACUACGGAACCUCAAGUUAUAA